GUUUACUAAUCCUCUGUACUUUUUAUCGAUCAAUAUUACUUUGUUCGAAUUUGUAAGUAAAUUAUACAUUUAUCUAAAUAAUCUACACUAUUUGUAUUGUCGUUUAUUCAUGGAUCCCACCCACCCCGGGGUUUCAUGCCGUCCUCUCUUUAAAGUCUCGUAGUUCAUUUUUCAAAACAAAAAAAAACAAGGAAAAAGAAACACACACACUUAUUUUCCAAUACCCACUUUAUUUUUGUUAUUUAUUUAUUUAUACAAGAAUUUUCCAAAACACACUUACUUCAGAAAUGAUGUUGAACGUGGCAAUUUAUAUACAUGUGUCCAAUCCCUAACUAUACACAAAAGGUUUUGUUUUUUCGAAUCUUCAUCAUUUCAGAAAUCCACACCCUAUCAAGCCACACAUCUCCACUCAAUUUCCUUCUCAGUUUUUAUAUAACCAAACCUUUCCUAACUUUUGUUAAUAAUUAGAAGCCUAAUGGAUGCGUCAAAUGAGCAGACCACGGAGAGAACCGAUCUCCAACGACCCUUGGUGGACCAAAAACCACCACCCUCCGACGUCGGACUCGAGAGCAUUUUAACGGAGAAUAGCCUUCCGUACCGGAGGCGCGUGUACUUAGGCGCAUGUAUAGAACUGAAAAUACUUCUCAGGUUAGCACUUCCGGCGAUACUUGUCUAUAUAGUCAACAGUGGAAUGAGUAUCUCUGCUAGAAUCUUCGCCGGGCAUAUCGGCAGCCACGAACUCGCCGCUGCUUCCAUCGGAAAUAGCUGCUUUAGUCUCGUCUAUGGCCUCAUGUUAGGCAUGGGAAGUGCAGUCGAGACUCUAUGUGGACAAGCAUAUGGAGCUCACCGCUACGACAUGCUUGGAAUCUAUUUCCAAAGAGCAACUAUUGUCCUCGCUCUAGUUGGUUUGCCCAUGACAGUACUAUACACCUUCUCGUACCCGAUUCUACUUGUGUUAGGUGAGCCCAAAAUGGUCUCGUACAUGGGUUCCUUGUACAUCGUCGGGCUUAUGCCUCAGAUCUUCGCUUACGCCGUCAACUUCACGGCUCAAAAAUUCCUCCAGGCCCAAAGCGUGGUCACCCCCAGUGCGUACAUCUCUGCCGCAGCCCUCUUCCUCCAGAUCUCGCUAACGUGGAUGACCGUUAACGUGAUGGGCUUAGGUCUUAUGGGCAUCGCUUAUGUUCUGACUAUUUCUUGGUGGGUCAUAGUUAUGGCCCAGAUUUUGUAUAUUACGAGCAGUCAAAGGUUUAGACACACGUGGACUGGUCUUAGUUGGAGAUCGUUUCAUGGUCUUUGGAGUUUUUUCAAACUCUCUGUUGGUUCUGCUGUUAUGAUCUGUCUUGAGAUGUGGUAUUCGCAGAUUCUUGUUCUUCUCGCUGGUCUGCUUAAAGAACCUGCUCUCUCUCUAGAUUCUCUAUCCAUAUGCAUGUCAGUGUCAGCUUUAUCCUUCAUGGUCUCCGUAGGCUUCAACGCAGCUGCAAGCAUACGGACAAGUAAUGAGCUAGGAGCAGGUAAUCCAAGAUCGGCUUUGUUCUCUACAUGGACGGCGACUUUUGUUUCCUUCGUGAUCUCUCUCGCAGAGGCCCUUGCCGUGAUAGCUUCACGUGAUUACAUUAGCUAUAUUUUCACGUCGGACGCGGACGUGGCUAAAGCCGUCUCUGACCUCUGCCCUUUUCUCGCCGUCACCAUCAUUCUCAACGGAAUCCAGCCAGUCUUGUCCGGAGUGGCAGUAGGAUGUGGAUGGCAAACAUUCGUUGCAUAUGUGAAUGUUGGUUGUUACUAUAUUGUUGGGGAUAUGGACCGGGAUGAUUGGAGGUACCCUUAUGCAAACCCUCAUUUUACUGUACGUCACGUACCGAACAGAUUGGGAUAAAGAAGUGGAAAAAGCGAGAAAGCGAUUGGAUAUGUGGGACGAUAAGGAAUCUCUUCAAAAUUAACGAGUAAUGGAUUUCAUGAAAAUGUAAUUUAUGUUUCUAAGUAGCUAAAAUUAAUAGAUUUUCAGAGUUAUUUUUAUUGAGAAUUUUAUUCAAAAAUCAUAAGCAACCUAUUCACUCCUA